UGUGUGUGUCUGUGUGUGUGUGUGUGUGUGUGUGUCUGUGUGUGUCUGUGUAUAUAUAAGAAUCAUUUUCAAGCAACUGAUUACAUCUAUUUGACAAGCAGCAAGAGCAUUUGUGUUAAAUUAGAAAACCAUGAAUCCUUACAAUCCCUAUGGAAAUCCAGGAGGCCCUCCACCAUCAGGAGCCUACCCUUACAGUGGACCAUAUUACCCACCCCAGCCAUACCCACCACCAGCUCAGAGACCACCACCAACCAUUGUUGUAGAAGAACAUCACGAGGGUGUUGGCGGUGCCAUCAAACAUGCAGUACAUGACAUGAUUUAUGGUCAUGACCAUCACCAUGGAGGCCACCAUGGACAUCAUGUUCACUAUGACCAUCACGAUCAUCAUGGUCAUCAUGGUCAUCAUGGUCAUCAUUAUGACCCUCAUCAUCAUCAUCACGAUUACCAUCACCAUGACCACUGCUAAAACACUUCUUCAGUGUAACAUUGAGGAUGACAAAAUUAAACCAAUAAUUGUUUCCCAUAUAACAUUGUUAUAAUGACUUUAUAAUAAACCUUAUAACAACAUUAUAAUGUUAUAAAUAUAUUAUGUUAUUAUGAUAGCAUUAUAAUAACAUUAUAAGAAAAUUUUUUACAAGAAAUGAAGGAUAACGUUUCUAAAAGUUAUGCUGUAUUCUUCAUGGCCGCUGAAAACCUCUGUCAGACAUUUGUAAACCAUUCUAAAAUGCUCAUAGCAAGUUACCAGAGAUGGCCACAUAAAGAUUGUCAUAUGUUUAUAAUAAACCAGGAAGACACCGUUUUCUCGGGUUCCUGAAAAUUCAAAGUAUAAAACAUGCAAAGUAACAACCAAUUGUUCAAUAAUACUUUUUAAAAUAUUUCCAAUCAAUAAAAAUAAACUUUCAUGACAUUGAAAA